GAGAGAGAGAGAGUACCGUGGAUCGGACUGACGAGCACCGGCCCGCACGCGCGUGUCUCUUUCCUCUCUCUCACACGCGUUUCACUAGUUUUGACAAGGGUUUGCAUUCUUUUGGAGGCGACAUCUCUUGUUUUCCAUCAGCGCGCGCUUGAUGCGGAUUAAAUCACUCUAGAAACAUCAAUCUCGUCUCAGAGUGGAUCAGCACCUUGGACAGCGGAUGCCAGAGAUGCUUCAAGCCGGCAGAGCAGAAAGAGAGCUGUGACCUCCCCUUCCGUCUUCACGACUGACGAUACACACUUGGCUCCGAUGCAGGAGUAAGUGACGACAACGACAAGAGAACGGCACAGUGUCCAGCAAUGCUGUUUAUAUGGGUCAGCUGACACAGACAAGCAGGCUCAUGUCGGUAGGAAAUCGACACAAUCUGCCUCAGCAGUGGAUACACAUAGAGAUUUAUACGAUACGGUCACACUGAAUCAAAGAGAUAUUGGCAUACUAAAGUAGUGCGGAGGCCAUGUAAGGCUCGAAAAUGCGGUAAAGAGUGGUCUUUGGACUGUGUGGAGCUUUGCAACACGGGCUCCUCAGUCACCAGCAUCGAUGGACAACAGUUUGCACGCCAUGAACUAACCUUGCUACUUUUUGAAGGAUACGAUUUGUUCGUUUUUUACUUCGAUAAACAGAUAGCACCAUGGUUCUGCCGCCACCUGACAAGCGGCAUGUGUGUUUAACCACCAUUGUGAUCAUGACCAGCAUGGCCUUCAUGGAUGCCUACCUUGUGGAGCAGAACCAGGGCCCACGCAAAAUCGGCGUCUGCAUCAUCGUCCUGGUGGGAGAUAUUUGCUUUCUUAUAGUGCUGCGUUAUGUGGCGGUGUGGGUGGGUGCUGAGGUAAGGACUGCGAAGCGUGGCUACGCCAUGAUCCUCUGGUUCCUCUACAUCUUCGUUCUGGAAAUCAAGCUCUACUUCGUCUUCCAGAACUACAAGGCUGACCGUAAAAGUCUGGAGACGGUAGCUAGGAAAGCAUUGACUUUGUUGCUAUCGGUUUGCGUUCCCGGACUGUACCUCGUCCUGGUCGCGCUCGACAGCAUGGAGUACGUAAGAACCUUCCGGAAGAAGGAGGACAUGCGGGGGCGACUCUUCUGGGUGGCUCUUGACCUUCUGGAUGUGCUGGACAUCCAGGCUAACCUUUGGGAGCCACAGCGGACAGGUCUGCCAAUCUGGGCCGAGGGUCUGAUGUUCUUCUACUGCUACAUCUUGCUGCUCAUCCUGCCUUGUGUUUCUCUGAGCGAAAUCAGCGUGCAGGGCGAGCACGUGUCGCCUCAGAAGAUGAUGCUCUACCCCGUCCUCAGCUUGGUGACCAUCAACAUAGUCACCAUCCUCAUCCGAGGUGUCAACAUGGUUUUGUUCCAAGACAGCCGAGUCUCGACCAUCUUCAUCGGGAAGAAUGUCGUUGCCAUCGCCACUAAGGCCUGCACCUUCCUGGAGUACCGACGGCAAGUUAAGGAGUUUCCCCCGCAAGAUCCUGCUGGGAUUGCAAUGGAGAUACAGCACAACUCUGUGCCACACAAUCAAACUUUACCAAACGCCACGACCACCCUUCCAGAGGAGCCCUCACCGGCCCGUGAAGUCAUUGACACGUGA